AUGGGGGUGGCCGCCGAUUUGAGCUAUGUCGAGACGAGAUCUCAACAGGAGCUCGAUGAAGCAAACAAACUGGUAGAGGCGGAGAUACAAGUGCUGCUGCAGGAUGACGACUAUAUGCCAGACAUGCCCCCACUAAACGAGUCCCUCCUCGUCCACUCAACCGAAGGGGUUAUUCCGCAGUUCAAGUUCCCCAAAUCGGGUAACCUGGCCAAGGCAUACGAGGAUCGCGCAAGAGAUAAUCUCGAGCUCCUCGAGGAAAUGGGACCCACCCAUCUUUCCGUUGUGAACCAAGCGCUAGAGUCUUCCUUGACUAUCGCCGAGGGCUGGUUGGCCAAAGUGAAAGCGGAGGUCAAUGAGCUCAACCUUGAUCGGCGAAGAGCCCACCAAGAAGCUAUUGAUACCAUCAACAACCUCGAAGACACUUGGCGAUCAAAAGUUAGGUCAAUUGUGGAUGAGUACGUAGACAAGACACUCGAUUAGAUAUUUAUUUCAGCGGCUUGGCGGUCGGUGAAUUGACGCACAUGAAAAAUCGAAACAACAAGAAAUCGAAAAGAAAAAUGGGCAAUGCCAAAAGUCGCGUCGACGGCCAACGGCUAUUUAUGGCAAGUAAACAGCGACUGCCAAUAUAAAGACACCUUCAAAAUCCUCGAACAACAGUGGUUUUGUAGUGUAGUCGGUUAUCACUUUGGAUUCUGAUUCCAACAACCCCGGUUCGAAUCCGGGCAAGACCUUACUUUUUUGGUCUUGGCCUCCCCUAGGGGCUGGCUGAUGUAAAAAAAUUUUUGGGAGCCCUUGCC